AUUGACGUGUCGUAUUUGGUUAUCAUUGAGGAAAACACAGGUCUGCUUUUCACGCUUCGGAGCCAGUCUCUCUGACCGUCAGUUUCUCCCGACAGGUGGAACAAUGUCGGAGCCCAGCAAGCCGGAUAUCGCCGCUAUCUUCAAGCGACUCCGCGGGGUUCCCACGAACAAGGCUUGCUUUGACUGCUCGGCCAAGAACCCCAGUUGGGCCAGCAUCACCUAUGGUGUAUUCUUGUGCAUAGACUGCUCUGGGACCCACAGGUCUCUCGGGGUGCACCUGACCUUUAUCAGGUCCACUGAGCUGGAUUCCAACUGGUCGUGGUUUCAGCUGAGAUGUAUGCAAGUGGGAGGCAAUUCCAACGCGAUUGCAUUUUUCAACCAACACGGAUGCACAACCAACGCCGCCAAUACCAAGUACAACAGCAGGGCCGCUAAGCUGUACAGGGAGAAGAUAAAGAGCUUAGCCACGCAUGCGACCAAAAGCCAUGGCACUGAGUUGUGGCUUGACAGUCAGGCUCCUCUCUCCCCGACAUCACCAGACGACAAGCAGUUGGAUUUCUUCAGUCUGCAUUCUCAGACUUUUCCUGACAAUUUGAACAUGCCCAAAUGUCAUCUCAUCACCGCUACGUCUGAGAAGCCCGUAACCCCGGAAACAGAGGAAGACAGUAACGGUAAUCAAGACGAGGGUCCCAGUGUGGACAUGCUGAGUGCUUUUCCACAAGCAAAUCCAGAUUCCUCCGGACUUUUUAAGAAGAAGCCAACUGCCACCAAGAAAACACUGGCCUCUAAGAAGGGGGGUCUUGGCGCACAAAAGGUCAGCAGCAAGAGCUUCUCAGAGCUGGAGAAGAAGGCCCAAGCUGCCGACAAGCUCCGAGAGAACCACGAGAGCGCCGGCGCUGCCAAGAACUACAAAGCCGAGGAAUCCAUCUCUCCGUCCCUGCGGCUGGCCUGCAAAGACUUUGAGCAGCAGAGGAAAAUGGAGGAGAAGAAGAUGAAGGGACUGGAGGGGAAUAAGAAAGUGCAAUCUGAGAGACUGGGGAUGGGCAUGGGCAUGAGGAGUGGAGUGUCUCACUCCGUGACGUCGGACAUGCACAUGAUCCAGCAGGAGAGUCCGAUGGGAAACAAGAGCUCCAAAGCCCGGCGCUUCAUCGGCGACGACGAGGACCAGGGCUCCUUCAGCGCCAAGGUCUUGUCCCGCUUCGAGGAUAAAACGGAAACCUCGGAUACUUUCUCCUCGAGGUGGGACGACCGCGGCGAGGAAGACGGCUGGAUGAAGGAGAGCAAGAAACCAGAGCCGGACUUCUUCAUGACCUCCACUAUAACAUCACUCAACGACAGACCGACGGGCAGAAGAAAACCAGAAGCCGUCCCAGACACAGGAGAAGCUCAGAAGAAGUAUGGAAGCGAUGUGAAAUCCAUCUCUUCUGACACGUUCUUUGGAAACCGAGAUAACUCUGAGUACGAGGCCAAAACGCGCCUGGAGAGAUAUUCUGGGAGCUCCUCUAUAAGUUCAGCGGACCUUUUCGACGAUCCAAAGAAACCAGCCACGAGCUCGUACCGUCUGACCAACGUGCUGCCCAGCGCCCCCGACAUGUCGCAGCUCAAGCUGGGCGUCCGCUCGGUGGCGGGGAGGCUCUCCGUCAUGGCCAGCGGCGUGGUGACCUCCAUUCAGGAUCACUACAGCACCUGAGUCGCACCCGAGUGGAGCCUCGCGCCGACGCUCGUCCUCGUUUUGGGCGGAGUCGGACGAGUUGACCAGCGGAGCGGUGGUCGGGCCCUGCUGGGAGAUGAAGAAGAGCGAAGGCCUCCACCCUGUAUGCAUCUACAUCUAGUUUUCUAUUAGAUAAUGUAUAUACACAACAGUUGUUUGAAUCAAGAGGAUCAAGCACAAAAUAUUUUCUGCGGAAGUAAUGUUCCCCCCCCCCCCCCCCCCGCGGGCAUCUGGACGGGAGAGCUGUGUACAGUUCAGGUAUUAAGAAAAUUUAAUUUGCAAUUUAUUGCUUCAUUGACUUUGAGGUCGUGGGAUUUAAAAUAUUUUGAAGUAUCAUAUGUAGCACAGGGUUUGUUAUUUUUUGUUUUUUUGAAGGAAGGAUUUGAGUUUUGAUUUCUUUAGUUGACGAGGUAUUUGGAAAAAGAAAAAGAAGUGGAGGAAAUUGUUUUAAAUUAGUCGACGUACUCUCGCUCGUCACAGGCGCUCUGUUUUGUGCGGUUUUGCACCUUCCCGAGGGUUUGAAAGUGUCCUUUCUGUCCCCGAAGUGCACUUAUAUUUGCUCGUCAACAGACAGGACCAAAACCUGACUAGGAGGCCGUGGGGGACCAGAUAUAUAUAUAUAUAUUCUUUAUUCAGGCAUUGUAUCGGUUAUAUAAACUGAAAUUAGCCUUAUUAGCACCCGAAGCUUCGUUACUUUGCUAAUUGUUAAUAUAAAAGGACAAAAUGGCUCAGUUUAAAGGAAAAGUUUGACUUUUUUAUUUUUAUGGAAUGUUACCUUCUCAUCUGAUCCUAUCAUUCGAGCAAUCUGCUUUAGAGCAUCGGAAUGAGCCACAGGAAGCGGGUCAGUUAAACUCAGCAGGGUUUUUUUUUGGUCUCAGUCCUGCCGCUUAAACACUUACAGAUGUUGUAAUUGAUGAUGGGGUCAACAGUGUAACCCUUAGAUUCAUGGAUUUUGAGAUUUGAACUUGUAGAUCUUUUUUUUUUUAUGGUAUUUGGGUUUCCGUGUGUGCUGUGUCUUUACUUAAAAUGUAAUGGCACACACUCACAGCAACACAUCUGUUUUGUUUUUGCUGUAACAUACUGCCAAGGGUCAUAUGUGUGAUUCUGAGCUGGUAUCUGGGUGUGAUUUUUGGAUCUGACAUUUAAAUGAAAUUGAAAAACCCAUCUGUUAAUGGCCCUACUGUGUAGUUUGUUUUCAAGUUGUUGAAUAUGGAACACUAAAAGUGAAAGUCGUAGAUCCUUCAAUGACCAAAUAUUCAUCACACUAUGCCUUAGUCCAAAGAUCUCUGAUUAACGUGCCCUCAUAUUGUCGCAUUGCUAUAUUGUGGAGAAACAAGCGGUAAUUGUUUUGCACAUUAUUUGUUUGGAAAUUGCAUGUGGCAGCUUUUGCUCGAAAGUACUGUAUUAGACUUUUCCGUCCGUAUUAGACUUCUAAUUUUUGUUCUUUAAUAUUGUUUAUCCUCUGCCGUUUGAUAUUAUCAAACGUUACGUAGCUUGAGCAAGUUGCAUGACCCUUGUAGUGAAUAGACGCUGACACAUCCUGAAUACAAAAAGCUCAGGCUGCUGGGCCCUAUGAUGGUUGAGUGACAGAAUUGUUCAAUAAAACUGCACAGCACUGCUGCUUGCAAUGCUGUCCAAGGCUUUGAAUCACCAUUUAUAGAACCUACAGAGAAUCGAGUUUUGACAUAUUUUGACACUCAACAUGUAAGUAAGAUUUUUUUUGAAACAUGGCAAAUAAAUGGCUUGUGCCGAA